GACAACACCGUUUACCACGUCACGUAUUUGAAGUUGUCACAUCGCGAUAUUUUUGUGGCUCUUCGGUAGGGUGUGUGCAUUCUUUAUGUGUGUUGUGCUACUUAUGUGGAUUAUAAGGUGAUAAUUAUUUCUUUACCGGAUAGUGACACGACAUCGUCAAGAUGCCGAAAUCGAUGAACGUCCGUGUGACGACGAUGGACGCGGAGCUGGAGUUCGCGAUCCAGCAGACCACGACCGGCAAGCAGCUCUUCGACCAGGUCGUCAAGACCAUCGGCCUGCGCGAGGUCUGGUUCUUCGGCCUCCAGUACACCGACUCCAAGGGCGACCUCACCUGGAUCAAGCUGUACAAGAAGGUGAUGCAGCAGGACGUGAAGAAGGAGAACCCGCUGCAGUUCAAGUUCCGCGCCAAGUUCUACCCGGAGGACGUGGCCGACGAGCUCAUCCAGGAGAUCACGCUCAAGCUCUUCUACCUGCAGGUGAAGAACGCGAUCCUGUCGGACGAGAUCUACUGCCCGCCGGAGACGUCGGUCCUGCUCGCGUCGUACGCCGUGCAGGCGCGCCACGGAGACCACGCGCCCGCGCUGCACGCGCCCGGCUUCCUCGCCAACGACAGACUGUUGCCCCAGCGCGUCACCGACCAGCACAAGAUGUCCCGUGAGGAAUGGGAGCAGAGCAUCAGCAACUGGUGGCAGGAACACCGCGGCAUGUUGCGCGAGGACGCCAUGAUGGAGUACCUGAAGAUAGCUCAGGACCUCGAGAUGUACGGAGUCAACUACUUCGAGAUCCGCAACAAGAAGAACACGGAGCUGUGGCUGGGGGUGGACGCGCUGGGGCUGAAUAUCUAUGAGAAGGAUGAUAAACUGACGCCAAAAAUCGGCUUCCCGUGGUCGGAAAUCCGCAACAUCUCGUUCAACGACCGCAAGUUCAUCAUCAAGCCGAUAGACAAGAAGGCGCCAGACUUCGUGUUCUUCGCGCCACGAGUUCGUGUGAACAAGCGUAUACUGGCGCUGUGCAUGGGCAACCACGAGCUGUACAUGCGCAGGCGCAAGCCGGACACUAUUGAUGUGCAGCAGAUGAAGGCACAGGCUAGAGAGGAGAAGAUGGCUAAGCAACAGCAGAGAGAGAAGCUGCAGCUGGAGAUCGCGGCGCGCGAGAGGGCCGAGAAGAAGCAGCAGGAGUACGAAGACCGGCUGCGACACAUGCAGGAGGAGAUGGAGCGCUCGCAGGCGAACCUCGUCGAAGCCCAGGACAUGAUCCGGCGGCUGGAGGAGCAGCUGAAGCAGCUUCAAGCGGCCAAGGAGGAGCUGGAACACCGCCAGAACGAACUGCAGGCCAUGAUGACGCGGCUCGAGGAGACCAAGAACAUGGAAGCGGCCGAGCGCGCCAAGCUCGAAGAAGAGAUCCGCACCAAGCAGGAAGAAGUCUCGCGCAUCCAACAAGAGGUGGAGACCAAGGACUCGGAGACCAGGCGUCUGCAGGAGGAGGUGGAGGAGGCACGGCGCAAGCAGGACGAGGCAGCAGCCCUGCUAGCCGCGGCCACGACGCCCGCGCACCACCACGUCUCUGAAAGCGGCGAGGCGGACGCGGCGUCCGACGGCGCGUCCGACAGCGGCGGCGGCGAGCUGUCCCGCGCGCCCGACGACCUCGUGGACCCCGUGCACGAGAGACGCACGCUGCAGCAGCGGAACGAGCGCCUGCAUAAUCAGCUCAAGGCGCUGAAGGAGGACCUGGCGCAGUCGCGCGACGAGACCAAGGAGACGUCCAUGGAUAAAAUCCACCGCGAGAACGUGCGUCAGGGCCGCGACAAGUACAAGACCCUGCGCGAGAUCCGCAAGGGCAACACCAAGCGCCGCGUCGACCAGUUCGAGAACAUGUAGGCGGUGGCAACCCUGCGUCCACUAACACCCGCAUGGACGAAAAGCCCGCAACCCUAAAGGAGAGAGGAAAACUUUUUGGAAUAAGGAAUAAACAUUUGUAGAAAAGAGUAUUUUUUGAUAAUCACACGCCUUGGGAUUGCGGGCUUUUUAGUAACGGUUUCUGUAGUUACGGUAUUCGGUAAGCACCCGGACAGCUGUUGGUUGGUAUUAGACGUUGCGCCUCGCGUUGACCUACAAUAGUGCCAAAACACUUUACGAUGUAAAUUCUGUUGAUGCGAUUCGAUUCUAGCUUAAUAACGUGUUAAGUUUAAAAGAAUCUAUUUUUAUUAUUACAAUUUCUAUAUAUUGGGGGCCGACAGCGUCUAAGCUUGUUCGAGGUAUAUAUUUGUAAGUUGAUUGUUUACUUUGAAAGACAAGUAUUAUUUCCGAAUCAGCGGCUGAAUUUACGAUAAACCGUCCAACGUGAUAGUUAGUUGCCGGAUUUUAACUUUUGUAACGAAGCAAUAGAGGUCAAAUUAGAAUGGUGGUGCUUACGUGUGUUUAGAUACUUGUCGAUAGAGUCGGGACUAUAUGUAAAUAUUGAUUAUUACUUAAUAGUAAUUUUAUUUUAGACCGUAAUGUGCUAUAACCGAAUAUACAAUUUAAUUUGGAUUCUUGGAUUGAUAACCGUGAGCUGUUUGUUCUGCAUUCGGCACGCAAGGCGCUCAGUUCCUCAGUUUUAAUUCGUUUUACAUGAAUUUUAUUCGCUAACAAUAAUUAUAUAUACUUAAAAUACUUAACGGGAAAUGUGAGUCAAUAAAUUGUAGCGCUGUGUGCUCAUAAAGUUAUUCAGUACUUCUUAUUGUGGUAGAUAUAUUUUAAUAUAGUUUGCCUGUUGAUUAUGUUAGUGAAGUGGGCGUAUACACGAUAUAUGUAUUGUAUGUAUGUACGACCGACGGUCAGUACUGUGUUCAUAUCUAGAUCGGGACCCUUUCUAUAUAUUUACAUGAAUAUAAGCUGCGGUGGGUCUUGUGGCAACCCUGGCGGCCAUCUUGCGCCGGUGUUGCCAGGGGCUAAAGGGACGGGGUCAAGCCCCUUAUUUAUUUUUAUAAUCAUUUAUAUUAUAUUCUAGAUAUAGGAGUUGAAUUAGAGCUUCAAAAUGUUAUCGAUCACUUCAGUUUGUUAUUUACUUGAUGUUUGUUCUGUAAAUUGCUGAUAUUAAUAUGUAUAAUGAGCGGCGCAGCGAGCUCGCGCAGUCACAUCGGGCCUAAUCUACUUAUUGUAAGAACAAAUUUUAAAAUUCGAAAUAGCAGUUAAAAAUAUUUAAAAAGUGUAUGCUAAGUGGAAGUGUAUAAUGUUUUAUUUUUUAAGUGAAAAAGGCAUUCCAUAUUAUGUUUCUCGGGUUGAGUUGUGUAGCCCGGGCCCAGGCCGGCUCACAGUGCCAUGCAGCCCCUCUCCGUCUGUACAUACAGCCUGUAGCAGAUCCUCUACAACAGUAUUCAGCUAUUGUUCUUGUCAUUAUUUUCUAAAAUUAUACAAUACCAUGUUGCCUUUCAAUCUAGGAUGAAACUUUUUCCAAUAAAAUGUUUAAGUAAAUA